CACACACACCAUGUAUAGAAUAGGCUGACUGUAUGUGACCACUAGAAUCUGCUUCAUGACUCUACAUUAGACAUAUUGCUCAUGAAUCAGCUGAGUCACUGACCUCUUAAAGGGGCGAUCCACCCUAAAAUAAAAUUAUUUCUACAUUUUUGUUCUAAGGGAUUUAAUUUUUGAAUUUACAUGAGACGGGUCCUUGUUUCGGCUGCAGAUCUUCCUUAAGUUCAAAGUUAUUUCAGAGUUGGACUUCAUGAUAUCAGACUUUUACUUAUCGUGGCCAAACAAAUUCACAUUAGCAAUUUUAUCACAAUAUCUACCGACAUUUGGGGGGAAAAUGCUUGUAAUCAAACAUCAACAUCAAUAUUAUAUUUUAAGAUAUCAUGGUGAUUGUGAAUACCAAAACACAAUAUCUGACCAGAGAUCACAUGAGACCAUUGAGUCAGUUACUAAGUUAUUGUCAGUGUACCAACUCCCUCAAGUGACACCUGAUGACAUAAUCAAUUAGCAACAUAAUGCUCUUUAUUUCCCUUUUAAGGGAACAUCCCACAGUCCAAAGUCACAGAUAUUCAGUGGGAUUUAAAUUCUGUUUUAGGGUGGACUUUCCUUUUAUUGUUUGCAUGUUUAAGCAAUAUUUGUCCCAUGGUAAAUUGAAACCAAUGACUUAGAUGUACUUCUCUCUCCUCUCCAGAGAGUCUGUCUGGAUCACAGCCAGAUUUCUUCAGGCUGACUGGAAGACACACAGAAGUUCCACGAGGGGCAUGUGCCACCAGAGUUACCCGGCGGGUAAAGCAUUUGUCAGCAGAUUGAUUCUCCUCCAUGUUCGGUUUAAUAAACGACUUGUGACAAUGUCGAUACCGAAGCUCUCGGAAGAAGAGUGGACAGCGAGCGGAGGCAGCUCACAGAUGAAGGCGGACGGCAGUGACGCGGUGACGAGCGGCGGCGCGGCGGGAGGAUUCACGGAGGAGGAGCUGAGCAUCCACAGAGCGCACAGACAGGCGUGUGAGGCAAAGAAGCAGAUGUAUGUCGACCCUUCCAGUGGGUACAAGGUGUUCACAGAGUAUGCCCACCUUCACAGAGGGAAAUGCUGUGGCAGCGCGUGCAGACACUGUCCAUAUGGCCAAGUCAACGUGAAGGACCCUGCGAUGAGGAAGAGAUUUAAUAGCCUGUUCUAUGUAUAAGCCCGACAUGACGAAGGUAAAAAUGCCGGUGAAGAAUCCAGGGACCCAGCGUCAGGCUUUGCUUAUCUUCUGCCUGUCGUUAUUUGGACUGCUUGAGAGUCAUUUUUUUAGCAGUGUACGAAGUGAUGAAAUAUGGGUAGUGUCUGUGCAAUACCUUCCUGCAAUGAAUCACAACUAUUCUCAGGAUUGUUUUCAUUCUCACAAGACAGCCAAGUAGGAGAAAAGGAUUUGUUCACUAGAACCUCAUGUAAAAUAGUCUUUCAUCACAUUCUGGCUUCGCUGUGUUUUUUCCUGAUAUGUUUUCUUUUCCCCUCCGAUGUCCAAUGAAAUGCCUUGAGCUUCAUUUUUUUUGCGCUGCUCUUUAGGAGUAUUUAAUAUUUUGUGGUAUUCCGCUCCUCUGAUGCAUUUACACGGGUUGUGGGAGUAUGGAGAUGAAAACUGAGAGAGCAUUUCAGAUCUUCGCCCUGAAGAUAAAGGGCAUAUAAGCGAAAGUAACCGCAGAUAGUCAGAUGGAGUCUUGUGCUCUUUUGCUUUGCAUCUCUUGUUAUUUUCCCUCCCAAAUGUACGGCUGCAUGAAUAUUAGCAUCAUUUACACUCCGCAAGUGCUCGACUGAACUGUCUACCUUUGACUGAAACGCUGUGUUGUUAAAAAUAGGCAGGGGCCAGGGGUCGGCCCUUACACUUGGCUGCUCUGCUUUUACACCACUUGAUGGAAUCAGGCUGUUAACAAACAUGCCAUGGACAUCAACAGCAGCCCUCCCCACUGGACUCGCAGCUCAGCCUCCUGGCAACACUUGGCUACGGCGAAGCUCCCCGCCGGCUGCUCUCCUGAGCCGCAGCCUAAUGAACUCCUGGGCCCUCUCAUCCCAGCACUGCAAUAGAUCAGCCCGGGCUUAGACGCACACAUGCAUAGUGAGGCUCACUCCGUCAGAACACCCUGUGGCUCCUAAUAGGCCAAUAUAGAAUAAAGGUUGCGCUUAACACUGCUCUGUAGCCCACAGUAAUAGUACAAGGUAAGGUCAAGUGCUCAUGCAGCACUACCUGUGCGUGCAAGAGAUGUCGAGGAAAGAUGUGGCACUUGAUUUGUGAUUUGUGAGUGCAUGUGGGUAGGCAGCGCGAUGCCUCCGGGCUCUGGCUGUGAACCUGCCACACACACUCGCCCUUCUCCGCCUGAUUGGGCAAACAGCGUCGGGAUGAGAGGAUGUGUCUGCCGCGGAAUCCUGCCGCAGCCGCCUACCGGCGCGGCCACGGUUUCUCCGCGGCAGGUGGGUCCCAAAGGCAAGUGCUUAGUGAUCGGAGCAAAGCCCUGUGAGCGGCUACAAGGAGAUUCAUGAUCCCAACAGUGCUGGGGAGGACAGGUUCUCGGGGACGCGUCGUCAGGCGGGAUGAGAGGCGAAUUUAUUUGGUGUUAUUCUAAACCGAGGCAGCGGAGCGUGCGGCAGCAACAUUUCUGCAGCGGGACGGUGAAGGUGUCACACUCAUCAAGUACCUGGGCCCGCUUGCCUGCCGCGGCUCUGCGGGUUUUGCCUAGGGACUUGUCUGUCACAUUAAAGUAGAUGCAUUGCCAUUCAGGGCCUCGGCGGUCCCGCAGCCUGACCAUGAAAUAGGCCAACUUUCAUGUCUGCCUCAUCCCUCCACGUCUUCCCAAUCCAGUGAUGGCACAGUUUGAUUUUUUUUUUUUUUUCUUAAUAUCAUGUUCUUGUCGAGCAGUUGGUGACUGAGACACAAACAGCACAGCAAUCUCUUUGACAGAUAUAUGGAGAAAUUUACCUGAAAAAUCCAACCACAGAACCAUGAUCAUCAUGUUAAAGGUGCAUUAUGUAGAAAUUUUAAUCAGGAGCGAAAGAUUACCAAACAGAUGCUGAAAAUGUCUUUGUUUUGAUGACUGAAUACAAUAAAGUGACCUUAAAGGUGCUA